AUGGCGACGGAGUCAUCAAAAGGAGAAGAUGAAGGGAAAGUUACAGGUGGGAAUUCAUUGUUGAUAGAAGAAGAUGACCUUAGAGAAAUGGGGAAGAAGGCGACCUGGAGUGUUAGAUCUUGCAAUCCGGCAAUGGUCUCUUCUCUCCGCGACGACAACCUCAAGACCUAUUUUAGAUCAGAUGGCACAGAACCUCAUCUAGUUAAUAUUCAAUUCCAAAAGAAGGUUAAGCUUCAAUUAGUUGUUCUUUAUUUGGAUUUCAAGCUUGAUGAGAGCUAUACUAGGAGUAAGAUAUCUAUUUGUGCCGGUGAUGGCUUCCACAACCUGAAGAUGAUAAAAACAAUGGAACUUGUGAAGCCAACUGGCUGGGUUUAUCUAUCCUUGUCCGGAAAUGAUCCUAGGUAAGUGAUUGAAGCCAUUUUUACGUGUUUUAUUUUUGCUGUUUUUCUCUCAAUCGCUUGCAUAUUAAUUAUCUUUCCUUCCUGGAAAUGAGCCAAUGUAGCCUUGCAUUUGAGAACUUCAAAAAGCCCUAUGAAGAAGCUGUAGCUAUUGGUUAUUAUUGAUAUAAGUCAUGUUAGAGCUAGAAGAGGCCAAGCUACUGCUAGUCAUAGCAUAGCAGAAAGGGUUAGAAGGGGAAA